ACGUCCCACAUUGGGUUAAGAUUGUAUAGGCUGCCUUUACCCGUUCGCGGUUCCCGUUAUAGAUAAUGACAAUUGUGCAAAGGGAGCAGUUUAAAGUGGCGAAUCGUGCGAUAGUCGACAACAUAUAUAACUAAUACUAAUACUGAUUGGACCAGCAGAAUGUGAGGGUGUGUCCCGACAAUGACACAAGGCAGAAAAUAGUAGGUUCGCUGAACAGAAGAGGAGCAAAGCGGAUUCGUCGGCAGAGCCUACAUCUCAGGGUAGGGACUUUGUAUGUUGGGACUAUGACAGGAAAAGCUCAGCAGUUCGUUGACAUGAUGUGGAGGAGAAAGGAUGAUAUGUUGUGCAUUCAAGAGAGCAGGUGGAAAGGUAGUAACGCUAGAAGUUUAGGAGCAGGGUUUAAAUAAUUUUACCAUAGAGUAGAUGGGAAGAGAAACGGGGUCGGGGUAAGAAUGUCUUGGAGGCGAAAAGAGUAUCAGAUGGAGUGAUGAGGCUGAAAUUUGAAAUUGAGGGUGUUAUUUAUCAUGUGAUUAGUGGCUAUUAGUGGCCACGGGAAGGAUGUGAGUCAGAGUUGCAAGAGAAAUUCUGGAAGAAACUAGAUGAAGUAAUUCAGAGCAUCCCAGACACAGAGAGAGUUGUGAUUGGUGCAGAUUGUAAUAGACAUGUUAAAGGAAAAAGGGGCGAUGAAGAAGUGAUGGAUAAGUACGGCAUCCAGAGCGAUGGUGAGUGUGGUAAGGAAGUGAAAAAACGGGUCCAAGCAGGUUGGAACAGCUGGCGGAAGGUGUCUGGUGUGUUAUGUGACAGAAGAGUGUCUGCUAGGAUGAAGGGAAACGUUUAUAAAACAGUCAGAGAGGAAGAUGCAGGAGAUAAACUGAGAUGGAAAAAGAUUACAUGCUGUGGCGACCCCUAACGGGACAAGCCGAGAGGAAUAGAAGAAGGAGAACUGUGCUUCAGUCCACUUUGGAAAUGCAUCAUGGGGGAGUGUGAUACUAGUAAACGUAAACUCCCGGUGUCGUCAUGUUUGAGGCGAUCAUCUCCUGACCGGGAAGCUUUUGAAAAGUUUUUAAUCACUUUAGCAUUCACCACAGACAGGCCUACAGGAUGAAGAUGUUCUCGGUGGCCCACAAGACCGUCUUUGUGGUGGAUCACUGUCCCUACAUGGCCGAGUCCAGCCGUCAACAGGUGGAGUGCGAUGUGCUGACCAAGAGCCGAGGCCAAGGAGUCAUCCCUUUGGCGCCUGUGUCCAAAUCCCUGUGGACGUGCGCCGUGGAGUGCUCGAUGGAAUACUGCCGCAUCCUCUAUGACAUUUAUCCACUGGACAAACUGAUUAAUUACAUUGUGAGUGACUCAGAGUUCCACCUCUUGAAUAGCUGGAAACGGGAUUGCCAGAGCACUCAUGAGCUCAUGUCUUCCCUGGCCGCGGUGGGGCCGCCCAACCCGCGCGAAGACCCCGAGUGCUGCAGCAUCCUGCACGGGCUGGUGGCAGCGGUGGAGUCGCUCUGCAAGAUCACCGAACUGCAGCACGAGAAGCGCAUCGCCCUGAUGGACACGGCCGAGAGGGUCGCCAACCGGGGUCGCAUUAUCUGUCUGACGAAUGCUAAGAGUGAUACUCAUGUUCGCAUGUUGGAAGACUGCAUUCAGGAGACCAUCUUGGAGCAAAACAAGCUGGCAGCAGGAUCAGACAGGCUGAUGGGAAUCCAGCAGUGCGAGCUGGUCCUCAUUCACAUUUACCCCCAGGGCGACGACACGCUGGUGUCGGACCGGCCCAAGAAAGAGGUGUCGCCUCUGCUGACCAGCGAGGUUCACAGCGUCCGCGCAGGCAGGCACUUGGCGACCAAACUCAACAUCCUGGUGCAGCAGCACUUCGACUUGGCCUCCACCACCAUCACGAACAUCCCCAUGAAGGAAGAGCAGCACGCCAACACGUCGGCCAAUUACGACGUGGAGCUCCUGCAUCACAAGGAUGCGCACAUGGAGUUCUUUAAAAGUGGGGAUUUGCAUAUGGCCGGCAGCAGCACGCGGGAAAAUGGGCUCAAAGAAACGGUCACGUUGAAAUGGUGCACACCGCGGACCAUCUCCGUAGAACUGCAUUAUUGCACAGGGGCUUACCGCAUCUCCCCCACUGACGUCAACAGUCGUCCUUCGUCAUGUCUGACCAACUUUCUCCUCAAUGGUCGUUCGGUGCUCCUGGAGCAGCCGAGGAAGUCUGGGUCAAAGGUCAUCAGCCACAUGCUCAGCUGCCACGGAGGCGAGAUCUUCCUGCACGUGCUUAAUAACAACCGUUCCAUGCUGGAGGACCCGCCCUCCAUCAGCGAAGGCUGCGGCGGCCGAGUGACCGACUACCGCAUCACCGACUUUGGAGAGUUCAUGAAGGAAAACCGCCUGACUCCCGUUUCCGAGGCCUCCCAUCAUCCGGCAGCGAAGCUGCCAGCGGAGCGGGCCAAAGCUCAGCUUGAACGCCACACACGUUACUGGCCCAUGAUCAUCUCCCAGACCACCAUUUUCAACAUGCAGGCAGUGGUUCCUCUGGCUAACCUGAUCGUGAAAGAGGUUCUGACUGAGGAGGACGUUCUCACCUGCCAGAAGACCGUCUACAACCUGGUGGACAUGGAGAGGAAAAACGACCCGCUUCCAAUCUCCACUGUGGGUUCCAGAGGCAAAGGCCCCAAGAGAGACGAGCAGUAUCGCAUAAUGUGGAACGAGCUGGAGACUUUAGUGAAAACCCACGCCGGGGCCACAGACAGGCACCAGAGGGUCCUGGAAUGUAUCGUCGCCUGCCGCAGCAAACCUCCGGAGGAAGAGGAGAGGAAGAAGCGGGGAAGGAAGAGGGAGGACAGGGAAGACCGGGCAGAGAAAAACGUGGCCAAGGAUGUCGAGGACAAAAGCUGGAAGGACUCAGAAAGGGUGAAAAAUGUGCCGGAUAAGGAGGAUCAAGAGUCGGAAGUCAUCAAGGAUUCACCGGAUUCCCCAGAACCACUCAUCAAGAAACCCCGCCUGGCCACUGACGAGGUUGAAGCACCAGAGGGCGCAAAAGGUCCGGUCUCGCUCCUCGCUCUGUGGACCAACCGGAUCACCGCCAAGUCCAGGAAGCGGCGGGAGUUUAUAGGCAGAGCGCGCUCGGUCAACAGCAAGUUCGAGUUGUACCAGCACCUCAAAGAUGAAAACGGGAUGGACAUUCUUGAAAAUGGCAAGGCCUCCAGAUGAUACUUUUCCAGCAGCGGCCCCUCUGUAUGUUUUUAAAUUUGGGUCUCAUUCACACCCUAAAAACAGGGGUCGGGAACCUUUUGGGCUGAGAGUGCCACAUUUUACAUUUUUACACAUUUAAAAAUUCGAUUCCAAAAGAGCCACACAAUAUUUUUAAAACUAAAUACAAGUUUAUUCGUGCAUUUUAUGUAUGCCCAACACCUAAAGAAUAGAAUAGGUUUUUAAGAAUUUUUUUAAAAUAACAUUUUGCUGUUGCUAAUCAAUAACGACAAAAGUGCUUCUUCCCAUUAAUACCACUUUUUGCGCUGCACGGUUUUGCUAUGUUUCAUACGCCGUUAGAUUCAACUUCAUGCUUUGCCAAUUGCCAAGAGCACCAGCAACGCUAUAUGAAUUGCAUUCACCUUGUUGUUUCCAAAUUAACUAGCUUGGACUCUGGACAGUAGCUCCUGACAUGCUUUUUUCCUGCUGUCCCUCGCAUGAUAUUUUGACCCAAUGGCGCGUGUCGAACUGGGACUUUAUAUUUGAGCGUUUCAUCGGUGCAAUUUUGUCGUCACACAUUAGACAGAAAGGAAGCUUCUUUCUCCACAAAGGCGAAUUCGUCUGUGCAUUCUUACUGUAAACUGCGCUAAUGUACUCCUCAUCUCUUUUUCUUUUUAGCCAUCUUUGUCAAAAGCGUUUCCGCGAUUAUUUUCCACCCGAUCUGCGUUCGACACCCCCCGCCCCGUCUGGCUGCCCACAGCAACUUCAUUAUUGGACAACAAACCAUGUCAACUCCACUAGAACAAACUGUCCCUGCCUCAUUUCCAUUGCCUACGCGACAGAAAUGGCAUGCCGUAUACCACAGGUGUCAAACUCAAGGCCCGGGGGCCAGAUCGGGCCCACCACAUGAUUUAAUGUGGCCCUCGGAGCCAAAUGUAGAGUGUCAACUUCCAUGAUUCUUGUAAAAAAAAUCUAUACCAAAAUUUCAAGUUGUUAUAUAUCAUAAAUGAUAAAGUUGAGAUACUUCAAGCAUUUAUGUGUUACCAAAUGUGAACAGUUGCAAAACACCAAUGUAGCCCACGAGAAAAAUGAAAAAUUGUAUGCAAUAUGUCGUUAUGAGGGCUCUGCGAGUCAUACGCCAACCACCAAAAGAGCCAGGUAUGGCUCGCGAGCCACAGGUUUCCGACCCCUGCCCUAAAAGCACGACUUGCCAGUGAAAUGAAUUUAUAACUUUUUUUUUUAAACAUUUUUGUAAAUAAAUUAUUCAUGAAUUGUAUAUUGCAAUAAAAGCAGAUGAAAUAGAACGCUGGAAAUACACGAAGAUGAUGGUCACUUCUUGUUACACACCCUACUUGGAGCUCAUUAACAGUUUAUGAAAAUUGGCUUAAUUAACAAAAGUAAGUUGCUUAACUCGACCUGACGUAGAAUUGUAUCCAAUGAAAAUAUGCAAUUGUAUGCAUGUAAAUUUAACAUUUAUUGGGAAUUAUAUGCAAUCAACAAUGACAAGAAAGUCACUGGAGAUUGUAAACAUUUAGAU